CACGAAAGCAAGCCGACUCGGACAUCAGCGAAGCCGGCUUGGCACGCUCGCAUCACGCUUGCCUUUCCGAUUCGGUAACAACUUGAGCUGCUUGCAGCCUUCGAAGUAAAGCCAAACUCCGUCGAACUGCAUCUGCGAAUACCGUAUCUGUGUUCAAAGCGUGUUGUCGAGACAGAAAGUGCCUGACAGGAACAGGAACAUCCGUACAUGCUUACCACCCUAUAUAACUCGCUUGGAGGACGUUUUCACCCAACCCCUCCCAACCUCUGCCCAACAGCGAGGUAUCCCCCGGGACGUUUGUGGUUGUGCCGACUGGAUCAUCGGCUUUGACACAUUAGAGUACUCAAUCCCUCUCAACAUUCCAAGAAUGCUCUCUGCUAUGUUGUCGUGGACCCAUCUCUCUGUCCUACUUCUUGGUUCCCUUACCUUCGCACAAGCGCACUCCAGCGAGGGAAAGUCUGACUGUUCUAGCACGCUUAGACUCGCUGCAGGUGUAGCGAAAUCUGUACAGUCGUACUACGCCCAGGGAAACUACACCGCAGUUCUCUGGACUGAUGCUAAUACUGUGGAGGACAUACAUGAUUAUAUGUUCGCGACGGGCGACAACUCUUACGCUUAUGUUGGCGACUCGUCCUUCGUUGGACAGGCGGCCUUGAAUACGAGCAGGAAGUUAUGGGAUGAAGUCCUUGGUGGAUCGACAGACGAUGCUCAGUGGGUCAUUAUGACACUUUGGAAGAUCGCAGACUAUCACAAGGCGCAUCACUUGUCCUAUGAGCCUUUCUUGAGUGCCGCUUCGGUCAUCUACGACGCGGUAUCGACUCAAUGGGACGACACAUGUGGUGGCGGUCUCUGGUGGGAUACUACGCACGGCUACAAGAACGCUAUUACCAAUCACCUCUACGUGAGGACCUCGGCUCAAGGGUACCUCAGGACUGGCAACGAUACCUACCUCGAAAACGCGCUAAAGGUCUGGACAUGGCUUGAAGCGUCGGGCAUGCGCAACGAAGAGGGCUUGUGGAAUGAUGGUCUUGAUUUCGACACUUGUCUAAACAACAAUGGGACUACGUGGAUAUACAACCAAGCCGUUGUCGCAUCUGGUUUAGGUGCUCUGUACAAGAGUACCGGAAACCGUACGCUGCUCAACGAGGCCGAGAUUUCCCUCGAUGCGACGGUCAAAUACCUCACAACCAACGGAGUCUUGAGAGAAACAUGCGAUGAUGCUACGAAUACGACGUGUAACACGGAUCAGCACAUGUUCAAGGGCCUUUACAUGAAGCACAUUCAGGCCUACCUUACCUAUGCUAGCGACUCGGCCCGUAUUGCUAAGUAUAAACCGUUCAUCACCGCCCAGGCUUCAGCUAUCGUCCAUAACGCUUUAAACUCCACGGAUGGAGUCAGCAGCUUGUGGUAUUCUCCAGAUGAAGGAGGUGCUGUGUACUCUGGUAUGAGUGAUACUGCUGGGUUGGCUGCUCUUCUGUCUGCUGCUGAGUUCGGCAAAUGCGAACAUUUCUGAGCUCUCUAUAGCUUGAUAAUGUUAUACCCUAUUAUUUUCUUAGUUAUGGUUCGGCUCAGAAUAACCAAGAUCCCUCAUAAUGCG